UUCAUUUUUUCAUCCCUUGCCGUAUUUGAGUCUACAGGAGGUAGUAGUGAGUGUGCGUGUGAGCUGGUGUGAGAGAGAGAUACUCUGAGAGACAAAAUAAUAAAAAAAAAUACAGGGAUUUCCACUUAUAGUUUAACCCAGGACCCAAUUUCCACAAAUGUGUUGGAGAAGAAGACUAUAAUAUAAAUUAUAGUAUAUGAGAAUUCCUGCAUUUAUCUCUGUAUUGAAGAUGUGGUAUUUGCUGCUUCUCAGCCAAGUAUUCGUUGGUAUCUCCAUUCCGACUCCUCAAUGUGAUCUCAGCCAAGUGAGCAUUUCUGGGGGAAGCUAUGUCUUGAUUACUGAAGAAAACAGUAUCAAAUACACAUGUCCUAAAGGAAUGUACCCUGACCCAAUGCCCAUACGCAGGUGUCAAUUUGAUGGGCACUGGACUAAAGAGAACAUACCAGCCGUUUGCAAAGCUGUUCGCUGUCCACGUCCAAAAAUAUUAGAGGAUGGAGACUAUUUUCCUUCUAAAUCUGAAUACUACGUGGGAGAUGUCCUGAAUUUUGAGUGCUACAGCGGGUUUGAAUUGAGAGGACCAGAGAAUCGUACAUGUCAACAAAAUGGAAAAUGGAGUGGAAGGACAACAGUAUGUGAGGAUUAUGGAGGCUUCUGUCCUAACCCUGGGAUCCCAAUAGGCACCACCAAAAUGGGAAUUUCAUAUAAUGUAUUUAAUAAAGUAACUUACGAAUGCGAGAAAGGACUUAAAAUGUUUGGAUCAAGUGAAAGAAUAUGCAUGGAGGACAAGUAUUGGUCUGGAGCUGAACCUUCGUGCAGGGAGUGGUACACGUACGAUACACCAGAAGAAGUGGCUGAGAUGUUUUCGUCCUCCUUCUCUGCAAAUAUUGAAUCUGCAAACCGGGAUAAGUUAGGUGAAGAUUACACACCACGAAAAAUACACAUAAAGAAAGGGGACCCCAUGAACAUAUUUCUACUCCUGGAUGCAUCGAAAAGCGUUGGAGAAACAAAUUUUGAGAUAGCAAAAGAAAGUAGUCAAAUAUUCAUUGAGAAGGUUUCUUCUUUCGAUAUCGAACCCCGAUAUGCAAUCAUUUCCUUUGCUUCUCUGGCAAUCAGUAUUGUACGUCUGUCCGAUGAAGAGAGUCUGGAGGCAGACGCGGUGAUAGAAAAACUUAGUGAUUUCACCUAUAGAGAACACGAAGAUAAACGUGGAACAAACACGCGAGCUGCUCUUCAUGCUGUGAAUGAGAUGCUGUCUUUGCAGCACCUGAGAAACAAGGAAAACUUCUUGGACAUUCGAAAUGUCAUUCUGCUCAUGACUGAUGGAAAGUACAAUAUGGGUGGAGAUCCAAAGGUAGAAUUAGACAGCAUCAGACAUUUUCUGGAUAUCGGAAUGAAAGACAAUAUACGAGAGGAUUUCCUAGAUGUGUACGUUUUUGGCCUUGGAGACGAUAUCAGUCAAACUGAGCUUAAUAAUCUUGCGUCAAAAAAACCUCACGAACAGCAUGUCUUCCAUCUGGAAGAUGUAAGCAGCAUGAAAAAGGCCUUCGACCAUAUGUUAGAUGAGACAGAAGCUAUGGAUAUGUGCGGACUCAACAAAUAUCAUUCAAAUCAACCCACUGAGCUGUUUCCCUGGAUCACUAAGAUAAAAAUCACUCGUCCAGGGGCACAAGAAAUCUGCAAAGGAUCCAUUUUGACAAAAAACUUUAUCCUGACGGCUGCGCACUGCUUUUACAUUGACGAAAGACUAGAUUAUAUCAAAGUCCAACUGGGAGAUGGCCGAUUAGUGAAUGUAAAAAACUUUUAUCGGCACCCUCUGUAUGACCCAGAUGCCAAGAAGGACAAAAAUAUUCCAAAGAACUUUGAUUAUGACAUAGCGAUUCUUGAGAUGGAAAAAAAGAUUUCAUAUUCAUCGAGUGUCAGGCCUAUCUGUAUUCCCUGCACUAAAAGCUCAUCAUGGGCGCUAAGGAUGAAGGGAGAUACGACAAAAUGCAAAGACCACAAGGACUUUUUAUUCAAAGAAGAGUUGGUCAAGGCGAUGUUUAUUGCAGAGGAAGACCCAAAACCCAUGGAGGGGAUGAAUGUAACAAUCAAGCUAGGGAAUGCGCGAGAAUCCUGUCUCCGAGCUACAGAAAGAAUCGAGAAAUUUCAAGAUAUAGCUGAUAUUCAUGAUAUGGUGACUGAUCAGUUCCUCUGUACAGGGGGGACAGAGCCAUAUGUGGAACCCCCAACAUGUAAAGGAGAUUCGGGUGGUCCCCUGAUCAUUGAAUAUAAAAAUCGAUACAUUCAGGUGGGGGUUAUCAGCUGGGGAUCCAUAAACCAUUGCAAAGGCCCCGUCAGACUCAAAACUCCAGUUCCAGAAGAUUCUCGGGACUUCCAUAUCAGUAUUUUCUCCAUGUUGCCCUGGAUAGAGGAGAUUGUGAAAGAAGAACUUAUCUACCUUCCCAACUGAAGCCCUCGAUCUCGGAGUUUCAGGAAUACAGAAGGGGGCAAUGUAACAGGGGUGAAGGAAUUGACCCUGUAAACCUUUUUUAAGUAGCUUCCAAUAACCUUGAACCUCCUAGGGUAAUCUUAGAAUUAUACAAAAUAUUCAUAGUUUAGAAAACACCUACCAAGUUAACAUUCCUGUGUAAAACCCAA